GCGACUCGUCGCCAUUAGUGUUAAUACGUCCCAGAGAGGACACAUUUUGGGCGACAAACCCACCGGUUUGCCCGGUCUCCAUCCAGUGGAGGGCGGCUAUCGGAUUGUUUCGGCGUCAGUUCUCCCUUCAGAGGGAACAACCCAAGCUUCUCGGGGUCCCGGCCCCGUAGCGUGAGCGCCUGCUCCCUCACCUGCGCCACUCGGCUCUUCACCGAGACGCUAAUCCGUGUCUCUUUUUUCUUCUCAGUUUGUUUUGCGCUCACGAUGUCGCCGUAAUGGAGUCUCCGCGCUUGAGAGAAAUGAGCCAGGGCCUUGGCCGCCUGACCCGCACUUGCAGCAGCCCGUCGUCCUCCCCCCCGUGUGCCCCGGCGUUUGAUGCUGGAGAGCUCGGAAGCUCUUCCCAACGCCGCCAUGGAGAAGAACCCCAACAGCAGCGCUGGAAGCAAAGUCCCGCCGCGCUCGGGCUCUACCGGGCCCACUGCUGGCGAAUCUAAACCCAAAACAGAUGGAAAGAAUGGCAGUGGGUCGAAGCGCAAUGGCCGCAAGCGCGAGCCAGCAUUCCCCAAGACGGACAGUUUUCCUGGACCGCGGCGCCCCAAUCUGCAGAAAGGCAAGAAUUUUGACAAGAGACCCCCCCAGAGAGGAGGAGGAGGAGGAGGAGGUGGUAGUGGAAGUGGAAGUGGAAGGCAGUAUGGAAACACAGGAGGUGGAAGAAGAGAAGAGGUAGCAGAGGCUCGCCGGGCUGAGUUUAGCCCGGCUCAGUUCGCUGGACCCAAGAAGAUCAGCUUGAACCACUUGCUCAAUUUCACGUUUGAGCCGCGCGGCCACACCAGCAGCGGGAGCAACGGUGGGGAGGGCCACACUGCCUGGGGCCGCCGCAACAAGUGGGGCCACAAGCACAAGCCCUUCAACAAGGAGCUCUUUUUGCAAGCCAACUGCCAGUUUGUGGUCUCUGAUGACCAGGACUACAAAGCUCACUUUACUGACCCAGACACUCUAGUCAACUGGGACUGUGUGCAGCAGGUGCGUAUCUACAGCCAUGAGGUGCCGUCGUGCCCCAUAUGUCUGUACCCGCCGGUCGCCGCCCACAUCACACGCUGCGGCCACAUCUUCUGCUGGCCCUGCAUGCUGCACUACCUCUCGCUCAGCGACAAGAGCUGGUCCAAGUGCCCAAUCUGCUAUGAGGCGGUACACAGUGGGGACCUCAAGAGUGUGGUUGCCAUGGAGACACGUCAGUACCUGGUGGGAGACCUCAUCACCAUGCGCCUGAUGCGACGGGAGAAAGGGGUCCUGGUGGCACUGCCCAGCACCCAGUGGGUAAAGGUGGAGGAGCCCAUACAUUUGGGAGAUACCUUCCUGAGCCCCUAUUCCAAGCUACUGCUAGCAUCCCAUGAGCAGGUGAUGGGCCUGGUGGAGGAGGAGCGAACUGCCCUGAAGGCCCAGCUGCUUCAGGAGGAUCAUGAGGCUACAGCCUGCUUCAUCCAGGCUGCUCUGCACCAGCUGCAGGAGCGAGAGGAAGCACUGGUGAAAUCUGGCUCCCUAGAGGGAGGUACCGGGAACAGCCUCGAUGUGGGCUGUCUGACUCUGAAUGACCCCUGUGUGGAGGUGCACUCCACACUCAGCAGGAAGAAGCCUGUGCUGCAGUAUUCCUCUGCGUUUGACGACAAGGUCGAGGAGGAGCCCGAUGAGGAAGGCGAGGGACCUCAGGACCCCCCUGUCACACCUGCCUCUGUCCUGGAACCUCAACCCCCUGACGAGGUGCCUCCCACAAAGAGUGAAACGGCACCCCAGCAAAAAACAGAGAACGGGCCUCACUACUACUUCUACCAGGCUGAGGAUGGCCAGCAGAUGUUCCUGCACCCGGUGAACGUGCGCUGCCUGAUGCGGGAGUACGGUAGCCUGGAGGCAAGCCCUGCUUCCUUCACUGCCACUGUGGUGGAGAUCGAUGGGCACACAGUCACUGAGGAGAUACGGCGCAGGCACCGCUACCUGUCUCACCUGCCACUGACCUGUGAGUUCAGCAUCUGUGAACUGGCUCUGCCGCCCCCCCUGCUGUCCAAAGAGACCCUGGACACCUUUUCAGAUGAGCUGGAGAAACGCAGACGCCUGCGGCAGAAGAAGGCGAGGGAGGAGAAGCGUCGGGAGCGCCGCAUCGAGAUAGAGGAGAACAAGAAGCAGGGGAAAUACCCUGAGGUGCACAUCGGGCUGGAGAACCUGCAGCACUUCCCGGCCUUCGGUUCACCCCCCCACAACAGCAGCCCCCCAGCGCAGCUGGACUUCUUGGGGCACCCCACUCUGCUCAGUGGGAGUCCAGCUUCCGAUGGUGCCAUGUUCCCUUUCCUUGGGGGGCCGAACCCAGUGCUCAGUGUGGGUAGCGUGGAGGAUGACUCUCACUGUCUCUCGUUUGCUCAGAUGCUAAAGGACGGAAAAGCCAGAGCUGACGUCGGACCCAAGGUCAUCUCAAAGAAAGAUGUGUUCCUGGCCCCACCAGCAGCUGAUAGUGAUGGGGAGAGCGAUGGGUCUGACAGGGUCCCAGUGCCCAGCUUCCAGAACUCCUUCAGUCAGGCCUUUGAGGAGGCCCUCCUGCAGCUGGACCAUGGCCCACCUAUUGUACCACAACCAGUCCUGAUUGCUGAGGAGAAAGGGGGUAAGAAGAAGAAGAAGAAACAGAAGCUCCUGUUCAGCACCUCCAUGGUCCACACAAAAUAAUGAGCAACACUGAAGUCUCCCCUCCGACCAGCUCACCCUCACUUUCAUGCUCUUUCAGGAUCUUGUUACCAUUUUCAGACAUAUGUAAAGCUGAUUUAAGCUUAGCACGCGUUGCCAAAUCUGCUGCAAAUUGUAAAAUGUAGCCAAGAUCCCCAGUCCCCUGGCAGAAAAGAUGAGUUCAACUGAUGCCCCCCCAGCUGCCUUGCUGCAGUUCCCACUUGUAACACCAGAGGGCAAACUAGUGAGUGUGUGAAUUGUACUGAAAAGCGCCUAAAGGACUGCAGUAGAGGCCCAGACCUGUUUGAGCAGUGGUAACCUGAACGGGCCCACAGUUCAGAGGGGUAGCAGUCAGUCAGUUGCAGGGACAGUCCACCCUCUCUUUAGAUCCUCCUCUUGCUCUCCCUGGAGGUCAUCUUUGAGUGGCCUCAUCUAAGACCUUCACCAGAAUUUCACUUUGGACACAAAGAGCUGCUCAGGUUCAGCCUGUAUGUCACACACACGCUGUUUGUAGUCCAUACAUUUAUUGUUUUGUGUCGUCAUAGCGACAGUUGAUUGUCUCUCAGGCAUUUGCUCAUCAUGCGAGCGCCAUCACACAACGCACACGCAGCCCCCUACCUCUCAGCCCGUCUGCAUGGAGAGAUGGACUCAGACAGAUCCGACACCUGAUGACACUGGCUUUAACUAAACGGAUUUGUGGUAAAGAACGUGGAACUUUGGGCGGAAGAGCUUUCGUAUGAAUACCAACAUUUUGUACUGCAGGUCAUUUCCUUUGCCCUCCCUUACUGCUCUCAUGCUCCCGUUUCCUCCCAAUGUCACGUCUCCUCGGAGUGUGUGGCGCUCAUGGACUAACCCUGCAGGGCUCCUGUCCUUUGGUUCCUCCUCCUCUUCCUGCUGUCAGUGUUGCAGGUCUCUACAGAAGUGUGGGGUUUGCAGAUCCUUGGACACUUUGUUUUUAAUGUAAUGCCUGGGUGGAAUGCGCAUAUGUCAAGAGAUGUUUUGGUUUGGGAUUUCUUUUUUUUUUUUUUUUUUUUUUUUUUCUUUCCCCCCUCCCCCUUGGUUUGGAUGUGAAUUUUAGAGGGAGCUUUACAGUUUUAAAAAAAGCUAAGGAGCAGGAAACCCAAAUAAAUAAUUA